AUGGGAGCUCGAUAUGGAGGAUUAAAUCCUAUAAUUUCAGUUCAGUUAUGGAAGCGGAUUGGUAUCCCAAAGAUGUUGUACGGUUCCGAGCUCUGGCAAUUGAAUUGUAAUGACAUUGUUGAACUGGAAAAAGUGCAAAAUACUACGGUGCGUAUUAUACAGGGGUUAUUACCUGGAAUAUCAGGGUCUGCUGCGAGAGGGUUGCUGGGCUUACCACCAAUCGAAGCUGAAGUCGAUAAACGGAAAUUGUAUUUUCUGGGACGACUUAUACUAAUGAGUCAUGGUGUUCCGUGCAGAAAGAUCUUCCUCAUGAGAUUAAUACGUUGGAAGUGGAACCAUACAAACACCUUAAAAGGAUUCAUUCCAAAUAUUGUACGAAUUCUUUUGAAAUAUGAUCUCAUGGACUUUCUAACAGGGUAUAUUUUAUCCGAUCAAUUUCCAAGCAAAUCUGCAUGGAAGAAAAUUGUUAAAAAACAUAUAUACGAGUACUAUAACAAUAUCUGGCAAGAAAAAAUAAGUACGCAUGGUCAACUAAAACUUUAUGCAGAAGUUCAUCCUGUGAUUGAAAUUUCACCAUGGUGGUUAUUAGCUAGAAUGAAACCGGACUUUAUGAAAGAAAUUAAUGAUGUUCUAAGACUACUCUGUGGAUCUUACAAAAUUAAAGGAAAACGGGUGAACAAACCAGAAACUUAUAGAGACUAUUGUAAUGUUUGUAAUAGCAAUUUCUUAAAUCCUGUAAAGCAUGCACUACUUUAUUGUAAUGGCACAAGCCAAUUAAGAGAAGAACUAUGGGAAUGGAUAAACGAUACUAUGCCAAUCGAAAUGGCAGUACAUUUAGCAAGUUUGACAGACAUGGAAUUUCUCUUAGUUAUAUUAGGUAAAAAGUUAGAAGCAUUAUGUGCAAACACAGACAUAUGGACGGAGCUAUUGCUGAAAUCUGCAAGUUAUGUUUCCUUUUGUUAUAGGAGUAAUUUAGUUAGCUAGUUAGGUAACAAUAGUUAGUUUUUUCACUAUCUUUAUUUUAUUAUUAAUACUUCCUUUGUAAAUAUACCUACUCUUCAGAAAUUGGAGGCAAUAAAGAUUUAAAACUGACUGACUGACUGGAUUUUGAUUGUGUAUGUAAUAAUGACUUUUGGCCAAAUCAUGUCUAUGCUAGGCAGUGGCUGUCAAAACAAAGUUGGGAAAAAAGAGGUGUAUUACAUAACCAAAAUACGAGCCAACAAAACUAAAUUUGGGUUGCUGGAAUUGCGGUGGAAUAUAUGGCAAUUUUAUUUAUGCAAGAAAACUCUUGCAGAAAUUAGACGUGUUAGCUUUAACUGAACAUUGGCUGUAAAAGAUGAAUUGUCAUUUCUAGACAGUCUCAAUGAUAAUUUUAGUGUUAUUUCGUGUACAAGUUCGGAUAAUAACAUCAGGGAAAGGUGGAAAAGAGGUCAAGGUGGCGUUGCUUUGUUCUUAAAGAAAAACCUUAAAGUCCGAGAAAUACAAACAGCGUCUGAUCGAUUGGCAUCAGUGUCAUUGAAGAUUGAGAAUAUUAAUUUUGUUAUUGUAGCAGUAUAUUAUAUUAAUAUUUGGAGAGAGCCAGCAAGAACACGAAGCAAACAAUAGGUCGAGAGCUUGGAAACUUGGUUCCCAAAUUUUAUCUGAAAAGGGGUCGUGGUCAAAUCUCGGAAAACUUUGGCUUGCAAAUAGAGACAGUAAGGAAAUCGUUUCAAAAGCAACAUGUGCGGGUAGAGAAGUCUGUUUUAUGUUGAUGGCUGUUGGUACUCGCUACGGAGGAUUAAAUCCUAUGGUUUCGUCUAAUUUAUGGCGUAAGAUUGGCAUUCCAAAGUUCCUGUAUGGAUCAGAGCUCUGGCAGCUGAAAAUGAACAAUUAUAUUGAGUUAGAAAAGGUCCAAAAUAUCAUGGUCAGGAUCAUGCAGGGACUAUUACCAGGAACGUCUGGGUCUGCGGCACGGGGACUUCUCGGCUUACUUUCAGUUGAAGCGGAGAUAGAUAAUCGAAAAUUGUAUUUUCUGGGAAGAUUGAUAAACAUGGGUGCCGGUGCACCAUGCCGCCGUGUCUUCUUUAUCAGGUUACUAAGGUGGAAGUGGAACUGUGGCAAAAAAUUAACCGGAUUUGUGCCAGACAUUGUUGAAAUUCUCGCAAAGUACGACCUUUUGCAAGUUUUAAUCACUUAUAUUCUCACAAAUGAUUUCCCUAUAAAAACUCUGUGGAAAAAGACUGUCAAUAAACAUGUUCCAGAGCAAUAUGAUCGUGUUUGGCGAGAAAAGAUUAGUAAGAACAAUCAACUAUAUCUCUACUCUAAGGUUCAUACAAAGAAUGAAGUUUCUCAUUGGUGGAUAAUAGCAAGAAAGAAUCCAUCCUUCAUGAAGGAGAUUAAUAACGUCAUAAGACUAAUUUGUGGCUCAUACAAGGUCAGGGGGAAGCGUGUGGAUCAUCCUAAUACGUACAUUGACUAUUGUGACUCAAGCAAUCGUAACUAUUUAAAUCCUGUUAAUCAUGCUCUGCUUUAUUGCUUAGGUUCGCAAAACGAGCGUGAACUAUUGUGGGACUGGGUAAACGAUAAUCUUCCUUUAGAGGUUGCAGUUUAUUUAGCAACAUUAUCGGACACGGAUUUUAUGCUAACUCUUUUAGGCUUACAAUCAGAAACUUUAUGCUUUGAUAUGGAACUGUGGACGUUAUAUUUGUUGCAAUCUGCAUGUUAUAUUUCAUCUUGUUUUCAAACUAGUGUAAUUUCAAUUUAA